AUGGUUCGACGAGCAUUCGAGCUGGGCUACAGGCGGUGCGAGUGGAAGUGCGACUCUCUGAAUGCGCCGUCCGUCGCGGCGGCCCAGCGCCUGGGAUUCAGGCCCGAGGGCGUGCUGCGCAGCGCGGUCGUGUACAAGGGUCGCAACCGCGACACGGCGUACUUUUCUAUCCUCGAGGACGAGUGGCCGGGGGUGCGGGGGGCCGUGGAGGCGUGGCUGGACUCGAGCAACUUCGACGACGGCGGACGCCAGAGGGCGACGCUGGCGGAGUUGCGAGCGACACGGGCGCCAGCGGUCGCCCGAGCGGUCGAGUGA